AUGGCUGUUGUUGUUCUUUCUGUGAUUUUGUUGGCUAUGGUUGGUCACUCAAGUGGGACAUGGUGUGUAUGCAGAGAAGGAUUAAGCGAAGCAAUGCUGCAGAAGACAUUAGACUACGCAUGUGGCGCAGGAGCUGACUGUGGACCUAUUCACCAAAACGGACCUUGCUUUAACCCUAACACCGUCAAGUCUCACUGCUCAUACGCCGUCAACAGCUUCUUCCAGAAGAAAGGUCAGUCUCAGGGAAGUUGUGACUUUUCCGGUACAGCCACUGUCUCAGCCUCUGAUCCCAGCUACACUUCUUGUGCUUUUCCUGCAAGUGCCAGUGGAAGUGGGACCAUGACACCUGUGACGACAACACCAUCGACAAGAGUCCCUACGACAACUAAUUCAAGACCCUACACAGUCACACCUUCAACAGGAGGAGGUUUGGGUAUUCCAGCCGGUGGUUUCAACCCAGAUUACACUGAUCCUUCCUAUUCCUUUGGAUCCAAACUUCAAAACCCAAGUGCUACUACCAUUUUAUUUUUUAUAUGGAUUCUUCAUGCUCUUCUACUUGUGUUGAUCUAG